AUGGGGGACCAGAGGCCGCAGGACCGGUCGAGGUCCCAGGGCAUGGACUCUAAGCCCUGGUACUGUGACAAACAGCCUUCUAAGUACUUCGAGAAGCGCAAGCACAGGCGCCUGAGGUUCCCGCCAAUGGACACCCGGAACCGGGUAUUUGUGAGGGAGGGCAUGGACGACUUCCGCUACGGCUGUCCGUCUCCCGAAGAGAGGCUCGUUUGUCGCCGUGAUGAGUUUUUACUCCGCAAAAUAUCGCUCAGAGGUCCCCAAGCUGACCCCAAAAGCAGGCAGAAAAAGCUAUUCAAGAAAGCGGCCCUAUUUUCCAAGCUCUCGCCAGCACAGCCAGCACGGAAGGCGUUUGUAGAGGAAGUGGAAGCCCAGCUGAUGACCAAGCAUCCCUUGGCCAUGUACCCCAAUCUGGGAGAAGAUAUGCCUCUAGAUCUCCUACUACAGGUGCCGCAACAGCUGGAUCCUGAGAGGAAGCUGGAGGACGCAUGGGCUCGUUGUGAGGCCCAGGAGAAGACAACCGAGGUACCCACCGAGCCUGGUCAAUAUCCCUGUGGGGAAUUCUGCCUGCAGCCUCCUGAGACUAGAGCGUCCCGUCUCCGCCCGUUACUUCCCACGACUCCGGUGUCCAGUCUCCACCCAGAGCCUCCCAAGACUCGUCGGGGGUCCAGUCUCCGCCCAGAGCCUCCUCAGACGGGAAUGUCCCAUCUCUGCCCGGAGCCUCCCAACACUCAUCGGUUAUCCAGUUUCCUACUACAGGUACUGAAACUGGAUUCUGAGAAGCCAGAAGACGCACGGGCUCCUCGUGAGGGCCAGGAGACGACAACCGAGGAACUCACCAAGCCUGGUAAAUACCAUUUUUGGGAAUCCUGCCCGCGGCCUUUCGAGAGUCGGAUGCCCCAUCUCCGCCUGGUGCUUCCCAAGACUCAUCGAAUGUCCAGUCUCUGCCUGGAGCCUCCCAAGACUCGUCGGGUGUCCAGUCUCUGCCCGGAGCCUCCCAAGACUGGAGCGUCCUGUCUAAAAGAACUGUUUCAGGAAGGUACAUCAAGCACAACGGAGUGUGCUUCUGACUCUCUUCAACGUAGACACACAUCGAGAAAACUCCGUGACUUCAAGAGGGCUGGAGACCUGGGAGUUGAUGAAGAACCCAUCAGCAGUCUGUUUGAUUUCACCCCCGAGUGCAGAACAACCUAUGAAGACCAAAAGAUUAAGAAGGCAAACGAAUGUGCUUCAAGGCUGACGUACGACAUGGAGCUAGACGACAUGGAUGAGGUCGAAUUCUUACGGAUAAAAUAUUGGGACAGGAGACUCCGGGCGGCACCGCAUUCUUAUAGUGCACAGUGUGGGACGGUAAGGUAUGGACCACGGUAUUUUGAGCCUAUGUUGGGGAAAAAGCUAAGAAGUGAUGAACCUUUGAUUGACCCCAAGCCCGUACUUGAAAAGCCUGAUGAACCUGACAUUCUUGACGGUCUUUAUGGACCAAUUGCCUUUAAGGAUUUCAUUCUAAGCAAGGGCUACAGAAUGCCUGGCGUCAUUGAAAAGCUGUUUGCCAGGAAGGGAUGGACUUACGACUCUGUUAAGACUCCCAUUCAACGUGCAAUGCAAGUUUACAAGUACAAAGAAGACGUCACAGAUGCAUCAAAAGAAGAUUAGAUGGUUUUCAAUUUACUGCUUAAUUGGGUAUUUCUUG